CACACACACACACCCGGCUCCCCGAGAAGGGAGAGUUUACGCCGUUCUCACGCCUCCUCCUCAGCUCCACGGGGGUUGCAUGACUCUUUGGCGAUGAACGCAGCCAGAAGUGGCUACCGGGUCUUCUCUGCCAACUCCACGGCAGCCUGCACCGAGCUGGCGAAGAGGAUCACGGAGCGUCUCGGUGCUGAGCUGGGGAAAUCUGUAGUGUACCAGGAAACCAAUGGAGAAACAAGAGUUGAAAUAAAAGAAUCCGUCCGGGGACAGGAUAUCUUCAUUAUACAGACAAUCCCCAGAGAUGUGAAUACCGCUGUCAUGGAGCUGCUGAUAAUGGCGUAUGCACUGAAGACUUCCUGUGCCAGGAACAUCAUUGGGGUCAUCCCUUACUUCCCCUACAGCAAACAGAGCAAAAUGAGGAAGAGGGGCUCUAUAGUCUGCAAGCUGCUGGCUUCGAUGCUCGCCAAGGCAGGUUUAACACACAUUAUCACUAUGGACCUUCAUCAAAAGGAAAUUCAAGGCUUCUUCAGCUUCCCAGUAGACAACCUGAGAGCAUCCCCUUUCUUGCUUCAGUAUAUACAGGAAGAAAUUCCGGAUUACAGAAACGCAGUUAUUGUAGCCAAAUCUCCUGAUGCAGCUAAAAGGGCUCAGUCUUACGCUGAGAGACUACGGCUGGGACUAGCAGUGAUCCACGGAGAGGCUCAGUGUACAGAGCAGGAUAUGGAUGAUGGACGUCACUCCCCUCCAAUGGUCAAAAAUGCAACUGUGCAUCCUGGUCUGGAGCUGCCGUUGAUGAUGGCCAAGGAGAAACCGCCAAUAACUGUGGUUGGAGACGUUGGAGGAAGAAUUGCCAUCAUUGUGGAUGACAUCAUCGAUGAUGUGGAAAGCUUUGUAGCUGCUGCAGAGAUCCUGAAAGAGCGUGGAGCCUACAAGAUUUUUGUGAUGGCUACUCAUGGGCUCCUGUCAGCAGAUGCCCCCCGUCUCAUAGAGGAAUCCUCCAUCGAUGAGGUGGUAGUAACCAACACAGUUCCUCAUGAGGUACAGAAGCUGCAGUGCCCCAAGAUAAAGACUGUGGAUAUCAGUUUGAUUCUCUCUGAAGCCAUCCGACGAAUCCACAAUGGCGAGUCCAUGGCCUAUCUCUUUCGCAACAUCACUGUCGAUGACUAGACCGGGCGCUGCCCCUGUCCUGGCUUCCACAAGAGAAGGAAAUAUGCAUGAAAAGGCAAUACCAUAAAUUAUAGGCAUAACACAACUGUUUAUUCUUGUAGGAGCGUGAAGGUUUUCAGGGUCUUGAGCCAUGAGAUCUAAUAGAAAAAAUCAACCUGACCAGCACUUUACAGGUGAAUAGAAGAGGCCACUGGCAAUGGGGGGGAUUACAUCUUAAUUAAGAGAGAUGGAGAAAUGAGGAGGUGUUAAAUUUUUAAGUUCCUUUAAUUUUUUCUUUUUUUAGUGUCUUAUCUCUUGCCCUGUAGGGGUGGGGAAGAAAAGAAAAAAAGACGUAGCUGUCAGCUUAUAAGAAGGGAAUAGAGACUGCUCAUUGCUGUGUGUGGGCAGCGAGAGGAGACAGCCUUGGGGUUUCUGUUUCUGACUGACUCGCCUGAGAGCGCAGAAGGGAGCGCUUCAUUCGGGCGGCUGGGCAGGACUGCUUGCUGCUGGCAGAGCUGAUCAGCAGAGCAGCUCCUUGCCAAUUGAGUGGCCUCUCAUCUCUUGCACAGCAUAGCAAGGACUUUCAUCAAAACUAAGUUAGCGGAACAUCCAGAAAGGGCAGCUUAGGGCAACCCAUUCGCAGGGCUGCUCGCAUCCUUGUGUCGGGGCGCUGGGAACAAGCUCACGUGUAUCUCCCAGCAGGGCAAGGGGUGCUAGUUAAUGUGCUGGCCUUUUCAUUUUGCGAGCCUCGGAUCAUUAUUGUUCUUCAGUGGCAAGUCACGUGAGGGUCUAGGUCCUCACUUGAACGCCUGUCUGCACUGCAAAACCAGGUGCAAUUUCUGGAGUUGCCUGGGUCUGAUGAGUUGUGGCAGAGUCUCGUGGGGAAGGGGCGUUGGAACAAUAUCUGCCUCUAAUGCAGCUGUGCUCUCCAAAACACUAACACUGAACCUGCAAUAAAAAGCAUAGGAUUUUUCAUUUUUUGGUGCUUCCUGUGAACCCUGUACCCUCUGGACAGCUGCUGUGUCUGUACCGUGGGGCUGUUGCUGUAACCAGGCUCACUUGGCAGCUUGCAGCCGCCUUCUGCGGGGAAGUAGGACUCACUGCUUGCUCCUUUCUUGAGUGACACUAAUCCUUGGCUGGAGGGGACACUUGAGAAAGCAGCACAAGGUGCUUGUGAAGGACUUUGUCUCCAGAAUGUUAAAAGGAUAAAUUCCCAAACUGUGAUCUUCCCCCUUGAUGAGGCAGGCAAACACACUCCAGUAAAACCUAUACCACUUUCUAGCCUGCUGAUGUGAGGAACAAAGCCUGCCAGAGGCAGUUGCUUCAAAAGAGCCCUGCUGGUGACGGGCUGUCUGUAGCAGGCAGUUGUUUAGCUUUGCUUAUCCUUCAACUUCUGCCUACAUCCUUCUCUUCCACUCCAGCAUCUAAAAUGUGUACGGUGCCAAGGGGCAGGCAGUGACUCUGAGCAGGACAAGCCUUGAACACCGGGCAAACAAGCGUGCCUCGACACGGGGGAGUUUGUCUUGCAGAAUCGCGUCCUGUCUCGUAGCCAGUGAGUGUACAUGAAAGGCCAGAGCGGUUGGGUCAUCUCCAGUAUCCAGCAUGGAUUAAACCUCCAAGGCAAAUCCCACGAGGGGUGCGCAGGGCUGGAUGAGGUCUUAAGGCUGUUGGUGGUUUCCCUGCAUUUUCGAAGUACUACGAACAAAUCACGGCUGUACUCUGUGACCACAGCGUGGCUCCUCGGCCUGGUGGAGUAACGCGGUACUGUGCUAUAAGUAUUAUUGAACGGAUCGACUGAAGUGUGUGAAGUCCUUGCGGACAUCUGUAUGCCCCCUUGUUCUGAGCCGCUACCAGACCAUGCUCUUCGUACUGGAAGCCAGUGUUAAAAACAUGAGCAGUAUUGCUCUCCUCUCCCCUUCAAACUGCUUGUCAGACCUGCCAGAAGCAAGGUCAGGGCUUGUUGAGCGCUGUUGCCCCAUUCAGGCUUGCCUUUACUGGCCUGUAUUUGGGUAGAAACUGUGGAACCACGGCACCAGUGAGCAGAGGGUUGUGCCAGUAUCCCCUGGGUCGUACUCGGGACCACAACCAGAGUUAUCCUCAGGCUUCGCUUCAAACCUUACCCUGACUAGAAGCCAAAAGCAGUUGGCUAAACUGAAUCCAGGAGAUGUUCACGUCUCAAAAUCCCUAACUGCUUGAGGAAAACUGGUACCCUGUAUUCACUGGGUCCCCAAAGGUCACGGGGAGAUGGUUGGUUGGGGCCGGUGUACGCUAGGACACAGCAUCUGCCCGACCUGACCCAGCCUGGACCUAGGUUGCCAUCACAUCGGCAUUGAACCUCAGCACUUUCCCUUCUGCCCCAAGAUCCUUCCCUUGCUGUUGCUGUACCGCCGUGCUGAUGUGGCCCUGUGCUAUUUUGGGGGUCUUAUAGCUUUUCCUGCCAGUCCUGGGUGCUGUCUGGAAAGCUUGACCAGUCCCUGGGUGUAGCUUUAGAGCUCCUGAGCCUGCAGCUCUGCCGGUUACUGGAGUUAAGGCUUAGGAUCCCUCAUAAGAGGGUUAGCUUCUUGCCUCGGUGCAUCUUGUUCCUAUCUCUUAAUCUCUCUACUCCCUCUCUGAAUGCAAUCCUCCCAGCUUGGAAAAGAAAAAUGCACACACAGAGCAGAUCUAUAUGCUUUGGGUUUAAUGCCUGAAAACGGUUAUCACGUACCUUUUAAAAGAGCCAGGCGUCUGUUCUGUUUCCUGCUUGCCCACCCUCAUCCUUUCUUGGAAAUUGUCUUCGAGUGCCUCGCCGAAGGAGGGAGAUGUCAGUGCUCUGACUGUGUGAUGGUUGGACCUGGAGGUUUAUGAAGUUCUUGUUGAUUAUUUUUGUAAGUACUUGCCUGAUGGAUCACUCUGGUUCAAAGAUUUUUCCCAGUGUUUGAAUACUUUACUUCCUGGGGUUGUCUGGAAGCAUGUGUUUAUCUGCGUGUCUUUUUCCCCUGCUUAUACGGCUCUCUGCUUUGGAGCAAGAGGCUAGAAAUCCCUGUGUUGAUGCUG